AUGUUAGAACACAAUGAUAGGUUUUCUUUAAACUCACUUUUUGAAAACUUUACAGAGGAAUCAGAAGAGUUGGAGGACGACAUAAGCAGUGAUAAUGAAGGGAGUGACUGUGAGUUUUUUGGUUCUUUUGCUGAUUUUGACGAAUGUAAUAUUAGAUUUUUACAUAGAAUAUCUGAAAAUAUUGAUGUAACUAGUAGUUCUGACUCCGAUAUUUAUGAAGAUGAAAUAAAUGAAGACCUUGAAUGUGAAAAUGAGUGUAAUAACGAACAGUCUCCAUGUAACAAUAAUAAUGAAUAUCACGAAAUUAUAGCAGAUUUAGAGUUAAAAGAUUUGACGGCGUGUGUGGUAAUUGAUUUUAUUAAUGGUAAGUUUCAACGGUGUGGGCAAAAUGAAGGAAAGAUAAGGCAAUUGCGUAACCUUUUUGGCACAUGGCAAAUAGAUCGUGACGCUGUUAAAGAAGUAAAUGGUAUUUUACCAAGAUUGGGAGUUUGUGAUUCACAUUUUCAAUUUGACAAUAAAUACCUGCAUAAACCACGAGAAAAAAAAUUUAAAGACUUUGAAUCAGGAAUAAUACAAUGGUGUAGAUGUAUGUCUUGUGAUAAAUUUGUGAAUUUUUUUUCACGGGGUAUGGGAUGUGCUCAACAUUCUUGGUAUAUAAAUAAACAUAAUAUUCAAGUAUCAUGUAUUGGACAAUAUGGCUGUGAAGCGUUAAAAGAAUGUGAUCCUUUAUGUGUUCAAGCAUUUGAUAAUAUUAAAAGAUCAAGAUCUAUUUGCUGUUCAUGUUACGAAAAACUUGGGGGUCAUAUUUAUCAACGUCCAGGAAGAGGAAAAAAAGGAAGUACAUGUGUCAAUAAACAAUUACAUUUAGAAGAUAUUAGUAAAGGGCUCGAAUUUUUGGGUAAUUGGUUGAUUGACAUUUCACGAACUCAAGAUGAAGAAUUAAAAAAACAAAUAUUGGUAGCGUUAGUUAAUACUCUUAUUCCUUUUGCGCCCCAUUCAUAUUAUAAUAAAGAAACUAAUAAUCCUAUUCCUAUUUCUACAAGUAAAAUUACUCAACCACCUAGUUUAUUUCUUAUUAAAUUGCUUUUUAUUAAAUUUUUUAAAAAAAUAAAUGACAACCCAAAAAUAAACAUUGAUAAUUUUAAGGAACUUGGAAGUAUAAUUGGAAAUAAAUUGUGGAAUUCACGAUCAGAUGUUAUUGCAAAUAAAUCUUCCUUAGAAUCACCACAAACUAUCCAAGAAUAUUAUAAUGCAUUUCCGAAUUUUAUAACUACAUUUUUUUGGGGAAUAAUUUAUAAGUUGCAAGAAAAAAAAAUAGAAAUAAGUAAUCGUCAGCAAAAAAAACGUAACAAGCCUCUUCAAACUGUUAAUCACAAAAAAUUAACUAAAGUAGUGACAUUUAUUACCUCAAUAUUAAUAGGAUUUGCUUUUCCUUCUUUAAAAAUUUGGUUACCUCGAGUUUUAGCAAGUUUGGUUCGUAGACCACGAUUAUUAAGUUCACUCUGCCAACUAUUAACAAUGUGUCAUGUAACAUCUCACAUAGAUAGAUAUGAAAGAAAGCUUGCUAAUGUUCGAAUGAAAAAUGCUAAUCCAACACAACGCCUAAUUAAAAAAAAUAAUAUUUGGAAUUUAGCAAUCAUCGAUAACAUUGAUUUCAAAGAAAAAAGUUUUAAGUUUGGAAAUAUUUACGAUGUUACUCUAGAAAGUUCUCAUGCAAUAUUAAGAAUGGCCUUUCAAAUACAGCUACCAAUAGAUAUAAUAAGGACUGGACCUGAAGAAAUGGUUGAAUUAACUGCAGAUACACCGUUAUUUGGUAUGAACUCUAGGAUAGAUCAAUUAUUAAUGACUUUUCAAGAAGUAUUCAAAGAAUUAUUAGAUUUUAAAAAUAUCAAUGGCGAAUUAUCUUACAGAAAAGAUUUUGAUGCUAAAAGCGUUAAAGAUAUUUUACUUUCCAAAUUAGAUUAUGGAUAUGAAGAGAUUUUAAAUGCCGCUGAGAUGUAUAAAAAAGAAUUUGAUUUAAAAGAUUAUGAAUUUCUUGAUAUUGUUGCUGAUGAAGCAAUAUAUCGUAGAUUAAUUAAAUGUAAAAAAAAAUGGACAAAAUUAAGACCUCACCUAGGUCAGUGGCACACGUCUAAGGACUUUUGCUCAGUACUUUUAGUUCUAUUUUCAAGUUAUGGAUUAUUAAGUUUAGCUUCACGUCUUGGUGUGCGAUUUUUAGAUAAACUUGAAAUUGUUGUGGACUAUCGUUCAACAGCUAGAGUAUUAGAUCUCUUGUGGGUUGCUGUAUUAAUCGCUAUUAAUAUUUAUAUUAAUUUAAAAAAAAUAAAUUUUUCUGAAAUUUUAGAUGGUAAAAAUGAUACUCACAUUUGUCUUAAAGUUUGGUACCUUUAUUAUAGAUGGGCGGGUAUUUGGAAAGCUCAUAAAAUGGGAAUGCGUAUAGGAAAUUUCAGUAUUCAAAAAGAUUCUUUAGCUGCAGCCGCGCCUCUUUUUGCUAGUGCUGCUAAAUCCAAUUAUACAACUGCAAUUGCCCAUUAUCUUUCAACACUAGCUGCUUUUCCACAAUUAGAAGAAAAGUUACGUUGUGUUGGUUCUUUUAAAAUUCCACGUGAACAACAUGAAGAAAACCAUAUCUGUUUAGGUUUUGAUGAGGCGUUAGAGACGUUUGGAGUGAAAUAUGUUAAACAAAAUGUCACCGGAAAUACAAUUGAUGAAAAAUGUCUUAAAGAUCAAAUAAAAGCAGUUCAGGAUGAAAGGGCCAGGAUAGAUUUGCUAAUAUAUGAAUAUUUAGAUAAUAAAUCAAUAUUACCGGCUGAACGAACUAGUAAAUCACGAAUGGCACCAUUGUGGGAUCUUGUAGGCGAUCUAGUAGAUAUUUUUGGGAUGUCAGAUCCUUUGUCUCACGAUCUAUUUCAAGAAUAUCAACCAACUGAACUGCACCAUCAAGGAGUUGAACUUUAUCGACAAGAAGUUCUAGAAAUAGAAUGCAGAAACACACAUGGUAGAAGAGCAAUAGAAGUUGUUAGAACUAGAUUGAAAGAUUUUAUCCAGCAAAAGAAAAAUCGUCGGACUAAAGUUAAAUUAUCUCAAGGUACAUCACGAACAGGUGGAUCUCGUAAUGCAGAUAAUUUAGAAUUGUCACACUUACCUAAUGACCAAAUCAGUUUACUAAAGAAAAAACGUAAACAAACAACCCCGGAAGAAGAAAAAAUACUUGAGGCGUUAUUAGUUUAUGAAGAUGAGUUACCAGACUCAGCUAUUAAUGAGGUUCUUGAUAAACUUUCAAGUGAUUGGAAUAAAACUAAAGUUAAAGCAGCGUGGAGAUACCGUAAAUCUAAAAUUCAAAUUAUAAAUAAUAACAAUAAUAAAUAA